CGGAGCGGCGCGCCGGACCCCCCGUGUGGUGUGAUCCGCGGGUCCCUUCUUCUUCUUCCAAUCUUCCCCGUCUGUGUCAAAAAAAAAUCUUCCCCGUCGUCCGGCCGUCUCCCUCCGCACCACACGGACCGCGCGCCGGGGCGUCCGCGGCGGACUCGAUCGGGCACCUGCGCCGUCAUGGGCUGCGCGACGUCGAGCCAGUUCGGGGCGGCGCGCGUGAUGGAGCCCCAAGUGCUCGCGUCCGAGACCUCAUUCACGGUGGACGAGGUGGAGGCGCUGUACGAGCUGUACAAGAGGAUGAGCUUCUCCAUCAUCAAGGACGGCCUCAUCCACAAGGAGGAGUUCCAGCUCGCCUUGUUCAGGAACAGCGAGAAAGCCAACCUCUUCGCCGACAGGGUCUUCGACUUGUUCGAUCUCAAGCGGACUGGGGUGAUCGAUUUCGAGGAAUUCGUGCGGUCGCUCAGCGUAUUCCACCCUAAAGCGCCCACGUCGGAAAAGACAUCGUUCGCGUUCAAGCUGUAUGAUCUAAGGGGGACAGGUUAUAUCGAGAAAGAAGAGCUCAGGGAGUUGGUCUUGGCGCUUCUAGAUGAGUCUGAUCUCUGCCUUUCAGAUAGCACCGUCGAGGCGAUUGUCGAUAAUACAUUCAGUCAAGCUGACUCGAAUGGAGAUGGCAAGAUAGAUCCUGAGGAGUGGAAGGAAUUUGUGAAGAAGAACCCGGCAGCAUUGAGAAACAUGUCGCUCCCCUAUUUGCAGGACAUCACCAUGGCAUUUCCCAGCUUCAUAACGCGAUCGGAAGCCAAAGACUGACAGAAAUAUUCAGGUAGAGCAGCGUAUAAGCAAGCAUAGUUCCAUCAGCCCCGUGCCUAACUUUAGCUGCAAUGGAGUGCAUUAGGUUUGUUGCAUAUGUUGCAGCCUAACGAUCUUAUGAUCUUCUGUGCAUGUGAUUAGUAUAAGGCCCCCGAUCAGCAAGCCUGUUCAAAGCAGCAGUGCCUGAGUUCAUAAGCUAGCUGCUCGCUCACUGCUGAAAUACUUUCGUCUAAAAAUCUUGUGUGUAGUGUAGUUGACUAGUUGUAGUUGUAAGGAAAUAAUAAGUUGUGCGCAGUUGGUAUUGUAGCCGCAUAUUGCUGGACUUAAUUUAGCAGGUUAGCUGCUGAAGUGUUUUCGUCCUUUCUGCUGCGUGUAGUUGUAACAAGAAGCAAUGACUGGUGACUGGGGACGAAAGCUUAUGUCUCCAUCA